AUAUUCGCUUCUUUUAUUCUAAACAAUUAGUUCUGAAACAGUUAAAUAUUCUAUCAACACUCACUGCAAUAUUUAAAUAUCUAUUUUUUUUAUUUUUUGUGUCUAUGUCAGUAUAACUAUUAUGAGGAGACCAAAUACGUUACACACGUAUAUAUUUUCAAUUUUCUUAGUUUACACGUAUGUCUGCUCGAGAAUAUUACCAGUGGAAGCAGCAAAAAUAUUAGCCAUAGAAACAAUUGCCGGUAGAAGUCAUUGGAAUUAUGUUAGUUCUGUACUUCGUGUUUUGUCGAAUAAUGGCCAUCAUGUUACUGUGUUUACACCAUUCCCCGACGGUGAUCGAAUCAACUAUACAGAAGUGGAUACAUCUGAAGAUCAUGCACCAGUGUUCAUAGAUAUGGAUUUAAUCGAGGCAUUGGAUAUCUGGGCACAUCCCAUAUCGCUAAUCAAUUUCGUAAGAUCUGAUCGUACAUAUAUGUGUGAUAAAGUAUAUAAAAAUGUUCAGUUGAAGAAAAUUAUUGAAGAAAAUCAAAAUUCCAAUUUCGACGUACUUAUUAUUGAAACCGUUGGAUUUGAUUGCGAAGUGUACUUGGCUAAUAAGUUAAACCUGCCUUUAAUUUAUUUGGUUUCAUCGCCAAUGGUAACAUUCGCAGAACGUCCUAUUUUCGGCGACAUCCCGAAUCCAGCGACAAUUUCCCAUUUAUAUGCUGAUCACGCUAUUCCUAAGACAUUUGUUCAAAGAUUUUCAAACACCAUAUUAUUGGGGUAUAGCAUGAUCCUUUUAAGCUUAGACAAAUGGAUAAGACAGUAUACGAACAAUAGACCAUAUGAUUUUGUAAACAGUACAGUUCAACCGUCUCUGACAUUUUUAAAUAGUCAUUUUAUAAGUGAAGCUUCGAGACCAUUUCCACAAAACGUUAUACAAGUUGGUGGCAUACAUCUGAAACCUCCAAAAAGUAUACCAAAUGAUAUAUUAGAAUUUAUUGACAAUUCUCCACAUGGGGUAAUUCUGUUCACAUUUGGUUCAACUAUUAAGGUAUCUUCAAUACCUGAUUAUAUUCUAAACCAUCUGAAGGAAGCAUUAGCCCAAGUUCCUCAGAGAAUAUUGUGGAAAUUUGAAGGAGAAAUGUUGAAUAAACCAAAAAAUGUGAUGAUAAGAAAAUGGUUCCCUCAGCGGGAUAUUCUAUUGCACCCCAAAGUAAAGUUAUUCAUCAGUCAUGGAGGUUUGUCAGGAGUAUACGAAACAGUGGAUGCUGGUGUUCCGGUUCUCGGAUUUCCUUUACUUUACGAUCAGCUAAGGAAUAUAGACAACUUGGUUAAUGCUGGAAUGGCUAUAUCUAUGGAUAUUUUAUCCGUGAAAAAGGACACAUUUUUAAGAAAUGUAUUAGAACUAGUAACUAAUGAAAAGUAUAUGCGAAACGCUAAAAUCGCUUCCGAUAUAUUCAAAAACCGACCGAUGUCCCCGGAAAAAUCAAUACUAUAUUGGACGGAAUAUAUAAUUCGUCAUAAAGGUGCCCCGCAUUUGAUGUCUCACUCAAUUAAUCUAACUUGGUACCAAUACAUGUUGUUAGAUGUGGCCGCUGUGAUGAUAGUAUUUAUUUUUAUUAGCUUAUUUACAACAUAUUUCUUUAUAAAGUAUUUUUAUAAUUAUGUUUUGAAAAAUUUGUUGAAUGUUAAAGCAAAAUCGGAAUAAGUUUGUGCUACAGAUUUUAAGUAUUAAAAUAUUAUAUAAUCAUUAUAAUAAUGUGUAUUCUAGCAAAUACACACACAUUUAAAAAUAA